AUGAGCCGCUUCCAAACCAGCUCGCUUCUGCUCUGCGUGGUGGCCGCCGCCGCCAUCCCCAUCGUGCCCUGGAAGGUCAAAUGUCCCCUGCAAUGUGUCUGCCAGAUCCGGCCGUGGUACACCCCCCGCUCGGUGUACCGGGAGGCUGCCACGGUGGACUGCAAUGACUUGUUCAUCUCUGCCGUGCCCGAAGACCUGCCGGAGGGGACCCAGACCCUGCUUUUGCAAAGCAACAAUAUCGCCAGGCUGGAGCAGAGUGAGCUGGACUAUCUCAGAAACCUCUCGGAGCUGGACCUGUCGCAGAACAGCUUCUCCGAUGUCUGGGACUUUGGUCUGAAGAGCAUGCCCCAGCUGCUCAGCCUGCACCUGGAGGAGAACCAGCUUUCCGAGCUGCCCGAUGGCAGCUUCCCCGGGCUGGGCAACCUGCAGGAGCUCUACCUGAACCACAACCAGCUCCGCAGGAUCGCUCCCCGUGCCUUCUCUGGCCUCGGCAGCCUCCUGCGCCUCCACCUCAACUCCAACCUGCUGAGGACAGUCGACAGCCGCUGGUUCCAGAUGCUCCCCAGCCUGGAGAUCCUCAUGAUAGGAGGCAACAGGGUGGAUGCGAUCUUGGACAUGAAUUUCAGGCCACUGUCGAACCUGCGGAGUUUGGUUUUGGCUGGGAUGCACUUGAGGGAGAUCUCGGACUACGCGCUGGAAGGGCUGCGGAGCCUGGAGAGCCUCUCCUUCUACGACAACAAGCUCAUGAACGUCCCCAAGCAAGCGCUGCAGCAAGUUCCUGGCCUCAAGUUCCUGGAUCUGAACAAAAACCCAUUGCAGAGGGUCAGGCAAAGCGACUUCACCAACAUGCUGCACCUCAAAGAGCUCGGGCUCAACAACAUGGAGGAGCUGGUGUCCAUAGACAAGUUUGCCUUGAUCAACCUCCCCGAGCUGACCAAGCUAGACGUGACCAACAACCCCAAGCUGUCCUUCAUCCACCCCCAUGCGUUCCACCACCUCCCCCAACUGGAAACCCUCAUGCUCAACAACAACGCCCUAAGUGCCUUGCAUAAGCAGACAGUGGAGUCCCUGCCCAACCUGCAGGAGAUCAGCAUCCACAGCAACCCCAUCCGCUGCGACUGCGUCAUCCGCUGGGUCAACAGCACGGAGAACCACAUCCGCUUCAUCGAACCCCAGUCCACGCUCUGCGCCGAGCCCCCCGACCUCAAGAAGAGGCAUAUUCGGGAUGUCCCCUUCCGGGAGAUGACGGACCGGUGUCUGCCUCUCAUCUCCACCAAGAGCUUUCCCUCCCACUUAGAGAUGGCAGAUGGUGACAACGUCUCCUUGCAUUGCCGAGCUCUGGCAGAACCAGACCCGGAGAUCUACUGGGUGACCCCUUCAGGGGUGAAGCUGAUCCCCUAUGCGGAGGAUGGGCGGUACAAGGUGCACCCUGAAGGGACGCUGGAGAUUCACGGGAUCUCGGCACGGGAGGCCGGGCUGUACACCUGUGUGGCUCACAACCUCCUCGGGGCAGACACCAAGAGCGUCAGUGUGAUGGUCAACCACUCCUUCCCGCUCAGCGAGGACAGCCUGGAGCUGGUGGUGGUGGACGUCCAGUCUUACCACAUCCUGGUUGCUUGGAAGCCGCAUCUCAACACCAUCUCCUCCAACCUCACCUGGUCCAGCUUCUUGCUUAGCUCCAACUUGGACACGACCAACGUGGCCCGCAUCCCCAUGGGGACCCACACCUACAACAUCCCCCGCCUCCACCACGACACGGAGUACUGGGCUUGCCUCCACGUGGCCUUUGUAGACUUGCAGGCCAAGGUGGCUUGUGUCAACGCCAGGACUAAGGAGGCU